GCGAAACUAUUAUGGUUGCUUUAGGGAAACAGCCGAACAGGAGUACAGGUCACAGCUGGGUGCUGGUCCAGACGCGCCAAUCGGUGCAAAUGAUAAGCAUUUUGAUCCGAAACAAUCAGAAACUUUACGGUUGAUCAAUGAAGGUGAUAAUAGUGAAUUCGGCAGAAAUUUCUUCGAGAAGGUCGCUCAAGCAGAAGCACCACAUAUCCCACCCUCAACGGAACCGUCAUGGACAGAGAGCGCACGACGUCGAGCCGAUCGUGCACGUUCCACAACACCAUCAGCUUACUCGUAUCAUGAAGCCACACCCAAUCGGCCCGUUCAUACACCAACAUACCAGCCGCAGAGGUCUCAUUAUCAUGCUAUUCACUCAUCACUUUCAAUGAGCACCUUUUCAACUGGAGCUAUUAUACCAAUCUCCCAGCAGUCAAUGCGUUCAGAGCGCUCACCGCAAAAAGGCUAUGAAUUUGGUGGCCUCGACUUCAUAGAUCAUUCAGGAAUGGCUCAAGACGGCAGCUAUCAGCAUUACUACGGUUACAAUUCGUUACCGUCAAGGGGCCGGGGACGCGACGAACGACGAUUGACACCUGGCUAUGAAAUGGGAGGAAUGGACUUUCGCAAAGGCGGUGUCAGUGUUCAAGGACCUUACCAUGGUUAUGGUCCUGAGCACCGUCGACUGCAUCCACGAUUCGAGAAAUCGCCAUUGAGGCACGAUGAGAUGAACAUUGAGAGUGCACCGAAUGUGGACAGUGUUAAUGCAGACGUUCUCAUUGGCGAUACAAUUUCGAAUCAAAAGAUCGCCACCGAAGAACACGGUGAUGAACGAUACUCGUUUGGUACUGCGUUUGGACCGACCACUGGUUUCAAGAAGGAUCAUCAAAGUGUGUAUCGUUACGUUGAACCACCGCGAGCACCUGUAUUCAGUUUGUCAGCGAAGAAAGAUCUAGGCGGACAGGAGCAUACGAGUGGAGGACGAGGUGCACAUGUGAGUGGUGCGGAUAAGUAUGAGUCGAAAAUACGAUCGCACAGCACGGCUGCAAUGGAACGCAACGAAUGGGCUGAUAGUGAGAAAGAGGUGACCAUUGAGACUCUGUUGAACAAUACAGCCUUAAUACCGAGACGCAGGUCGGUGACUCCAGCUUGGCGUGAACGCUCGGUGGACAAGCAAACCCGCUGGAUCAACAUGUCCGACCCGCGCAUGACCCACAUACAUUCACAGACCUUCACACAAGAACCGAACUGGUCGAGAACGGUGCAAGAGAGAAAGAGCGCAUGGGAGGCACAAGCUAGAGACACUGACGCCCGUGUUCAAAUGCCAGCCUCGAGUAAGGUUCCUGUCCAACAACCACCAAAUUGGUAUGGUAAAGCAUCACAAACGCAUAACGUAUGGCAAAGUGAAGCGGAUCGGCAGGCAUCCUCCGAUUAUCAGCCAACCGUUCAUCGAUUCAGUGGCGAAGACAUGGCUGGUGGCUAUACAAAAACGAGCAGUUACAAAGCUCAACAACAGUAUUCACAAACUAAAUCUUCGACUGACCAUCACGACGAAACAACGCGUCUGAAGCAGUCAUCGAUUCCAGUCCAAGACAGUGGUGCAGUGCCAUCAUCAAAUCUCUAUCAAAUUCAACCAUAUCACGCACCGUCUGGUGGCUCUACUCAGCAAACCGCAUCCUCAUACUACCGUCACAAUGAACAGCGUCAACAAACCACUAAACAACUCGGUCAACAACCACCCGAGACAAGUUCCUUCUCAAGUGUAAAACAUCAUGAAUACGAAGCUCAAAACGGUGUUCCCGUCUCACAAUCCACCUACCAGACAUACACUUCAACACCAGCAGCCAUCACAGAUGAACACCAUGAUGCGUCCAAAAACAUUACGCAGUCAUCGAAGCUCAUCGAUAGUUCACAAUCGAAACAUGGGCCAUCAGCACCAUUGGCUAUGCAAGAGUAUCGUCGAUCACACUAUGAAAUGAAAUCGCACGAUUCCACUUCAACUGAACGCACAACGAAUCGUCCGUACACAAGCACGUCUGCAUCCAAAGAGAUAUCUCAUUACGAUUCGAGCAAAGACAAUUUGCAACGAUCCUCUCAGAAACAGCAACCAGACCAC